AUUAAUCUAAUACCUAUAUUAUGCUUGUAUACCGCAGGCGAAACCGCACUACUCGUUCGCGUACGGCGUGGAAAAUCCGAACACCGGCGACAGCCACGGUCACUCCGAGACGCGGGACGGUUCGCACGUGACCGGCGAAUAUUCCGUAAUGGAACCGGACGGCGUGCUCAGACGUGUGCUGUACACGGCCGACCCCAAAAACGGUUUCCGAGCGUCCGUCCGGUACGUCCGACCCGACGGCGAGGAGUCGUCCAACCGCGACCACGGUUUCCUCAGCGGCGGACCAGACCGGUCACCCGGGCCGCCCCCGCACCAGCAGCAGCAACAGCAACAGCAGUCCGAGUACGAGUCUGACGGCGGCGGCGACGACGACGAACCGCGUCCGUUUUCGCUGCAAUCGCAAUCGCUGAAUCUGCCGUCCGAGUACGAGUCGGAAGCUGACGAAGAAUCGUUCGCGCCGCCGCUGCCACGACCACAACCGCUGUCGUUGAACUUUGGUUUCGACAAGUACAACGACGUCAACCACAACAGCAACGUCGGGGACGACGACGACAGCGACGACUACGGCGGCGGAGGCGGUGGCGGUGGCGGCCGCCCGUCCGCGUUCAAGUUCCCGUCGCCGUCCAGUUCGUUCUUCAAAGCUUCCGACGCGGUUAAUGAUUCGGGCGAUUACGGAGAAAGCGAUAACAAGUUCAAUAACUAUCAUUGGCCGGGCACGCUGGGCUCGGUGCAGGCGCCGUCGUCGCCUUCGCCGUUCGGUUUGCCGUCGUCUCCGUCCCCGUCGUUCGGCGGCCCGGUGGCCGCUUCGCCGACCACGCCGUUCGUCGGCUUUGCCAAGCGGACGGAACCGCUGCCCUGCCGGCCGCAGCCGUUGCCCAGCCGCUCGCCACUGUCGUCGGAUAUCGUCAGCUAUCAGACGGGCCACUCGAACAGUCUGCCACUGUUCGUCAAAUCGUCGGACGACCACGACCUAGAGCAGCUCCGGUCGCUGGACGAGAAAAUCGGCAGCGCCGACGACGAUGACGACGACCACGACGACAUCGAAAACUACGAAUCGGACGACAGCGACACGGACACCGCGCGCGUGGCGGCCGACAUCGUCCGUCUGUCGCCGUCCGCCAAAUCGGCACCGUCGGUCUUGCCGUCCGAUCAGACGUCGACGUCUCGGCCGCAUUCCCUGACGGCCUCGGCCUCGGCCACUGCCAGACCGCCUGCGGUCGUCGUGCCGCCGCCGUCGUUCCGGCUGCCGCCGACGUCCAUCGACGUCCUCGCGAUAGACCUGUCGCCGUCGCCGACCAUGACACCCAUCCAGCCGACCAUAAUCGACAUCGACGUCUGACCCGCCGCGAUAUAAUGUAAUUCCACCCACACACCCACUAUUAAUUAACUAUACGGCCGUAGUGCUAAUAAAAUAUCGAACUACACAAAUACUGCAAACCGCAUUGACGUCGGUUAUCCCCGUCAUAAAUCGUUUCCGGAAAUCGAUGUCAGCAUCAUUUACGUCACCCUUAAGAAUAACUUAAUCGAUAUUUAUUAUUUUAUUAGCCCUCGAUGCAUUUCCUACAAUAAUAUUCAAAAGGUUUAUGUGUUUGCAUCGAUUAUACAGCUCGGGACCUACAUGUUAUGGCGCAUAUAUAGCGCACUAUUAGAACUGCAUUUCCAAAAAUAUUUCAAUACGAUUUGAUGUUUUCGCAUCAUAACGGUCACGUUCAGUAAUGAUUUAUGUAUAUUUCACGAUGGUGCUAAACUUUUGUAUCUCGCGACAUUUUUAAUCCGUCAAAAACGUAGUCUUGACUUUUAUACUGCUUUGCAAAUUUAAUUCGACAUUCGUUUCACAAUGAUCGACGAUCAGUGUCGUUUAUAUUUUUAUACUAAAUUCCGUUAACGGUCACUAAAGAUUCGACGAAUCAACAGCGAGCUAACGGCCCGUAAAUGGUUCAUCGAUUUGAACGCAACCCGCGUGCGGCAUAAUGAAUAUUAUUAUAUGAAUUGUUAUACAAAUAGGUAUUACUUCAUUUUGAGAAUGUAAUUCUUCACAGGAUAAUCAGCAUAAAUAAAUCGCUUAUUGUGUA